AGGGUCCUCGUCGGUUUCUCCGCAGCACGUCUCAGUCGAGCGGCGGCGAUGGAGGCGAACGCGAACCUGCCCUUCGAGAUCCGCCAAGUGCCGUCCGAACUCAACGCCCAGCUGCUCAAGGACUUCACCGGAGAACGCACCGGAUUCGUCCAGGUGGGCCCGAAAAAGUGGUUCCUGCCGGCAAAGUACCGCGAGUUCGCUGCCCACUUCUACAACUUCCAGCCUCGGCCUGACGACGUCUGGGUCGUCACCUUUCCACGCUCAGGCACGACCUGGACGCAGGAGUUGGUGUGGUUGGUGGCCAACGACCUGGACUACGAGACCGCCAGCCGCGUUCCGCAGGUCGAGCGGUUCCCCUUCUUGGAGUUCAACAUUUUCUUCCACGACGAGGUGAAAUCCGAGAUUUUGGAGCUGAACCAGGGCGACCCUUUCAAGCAGCAGCUGGUCGAGCUCAUCAGCGAGCCGGCGUACCUGAGCCUGCAGGAGCAUCAGGGCCGCAGGUUCGUCAAGACGCACCUCCCCUUCAGCCUUCUGCCGCCCAACUUGCUCGACACGUGCAAGGUGGUGUACGUGGUGCGCAACCCGAAGGACGUGGCCGUGUCCUUUUACCACCUCAACAGACUGAUCAAGACGCAGGGCUACCAGGGCGACUUCCGCAAAUACUGGCACUACUUUGAGAAAGACCUCCACCCUUGGACGCCGUACUGGGCGCACGUGGAGGAGGGUUGGCGACGGCGGCACCACCCGAACCUGCUCUUCCAGUUCUACGAGGACAUGAAUAGGGACCUGAGCAGCACGAUUCGCAGGAUGGGCAGUUUCCUGGGCAAGACGAUGGACGAGGCGCAGGUGGCGCGACUCGCCGACCACCUCGACAUCAGGAACUUCCGAGACAACAAGGCGGUCAACUAUGACCUCGUCAAGGAGGUCGGACUCUUGAACUCGGGCGAACCGGCCUUCAUCAGAAAAGGCAAGGUGGGCGCGUGGCAUGCCGAGUUUGACGAGGAACUCGACCAGCGAGCAGACAAGUGGAUCGAGGAAAAUCUACGCAAGACCGACAUCGUUUUCCCAAUCAGUUUACACAAGUAAUUUUCAAUAAUUUGAUAUUUGUGCAGAAAUAAAAUGAACAAUUUCAUCACUUUG